AUUGUGGUGCGUCAUCACACUUCCUGUUUGCGUUCCACAUACACUCGCGAAAAAGAUGGCUGAGUUAAACAGACAACUACAAGAAUAUUUGUCUCAGUCUAAAAGCGGCGCAAAGACAAUAUCACAGUCCAGCUCCAGCACUACUAUAGACAUCGAAGAGUCCGCUUCGCCAGCAGGCAGCUGGUUCGGUAGGUGGUCCAGUCCGUUCUCGAGCAGCAGUCGGGGAACUUCAUCAGGCCAGGGAUCGAGCAGCGGCUUCUCGUGGCCAUGGUCAUCAGAACCGGACCCGUGUUUGCCGGGUAUGAGCCGAUCCCAGCGACUGAUCGCGUUCGGGACGUGUAUUUUCUUCUCGGCUCUGUGCUUCGGACUGUCGGCGCUUUACGCUCCGUUGUUGUUGCUAAAGGCGCGUAAGUUCGCCCUGCUGUGGUCUCUCGGCUCCGUGUUCGCGCUCCUCGGUGCUGCCAUUCUCCGCGGACCAAGCAAACUCAUCGCGACUCCCACCCCAGGAGGCGCGGUGUAUUUGUGCUCUUUGGUGGGCACCUUGUACGCGGCCCUGAGCCUUCACAGCACCCUGCUCACCGCUCUUGGAGCUUGCCUUCAAAUCGGUGCUAUCGUGGGAUAUAUCGUGGCGUUGCUGCCCGGUGGGAGCGCUGGGAUGAGGUUUGUGGGUGGCAUGGCCGCGUCGGCUAUUAAAAGAACAGUGACUGGUAAAACAAUGCCGAUAUGAGCAUUUUUAAGGACUACACAACACUACAACUGUUGAAGUUCUGUGAAAAACAUUUACACUCUUUUUGAAGUGAUGGUACUUCCAAGUUGGAUUGGGAUAACUGGAUAUUUAUACAGGAAGGGUGUAAGAAGAAGUCGUAUGGAUGUGGAUCAAAACUGUGUAAUUUUAACUGUGACGGGUACCACACACUGAACUUAUUGACUAAUACAUCAAACGCAACGUUAAACAUUGCAUUUUUUAUUAACUUUAUCUUGUAAAUAAACAACAUGAAGACCAGUGGACUCAUCCUGAUAAAAUUCAGUUAUGCAUUUAAGAUUUUGUGGGACCAAAUGUAAAAGUUAAAGGGUGUCCGAGGUGAUUGUAAUGUGCCUGUAAUGACAAGUCACAUUUAUUAUAUUUUGUACUUUGCUAACUACCUUGCAGUCACAGGCGAUUUCUUGGACUGGUUUAAUGACAUGCCUUCUGUUUUUGGAUCAAUAAAGUUAUUUUUGAUUAAUUUUAACAUAACUGGAUCUGAAAACCCAAUGUACAGUAACGUUUUUAAAUAAUACCAUUACAGAGCUAGUACGACUCUUC